AGUGUGCGCACCGCGGCCGCGAUAAUCUGUCGGUUCUAGCCUACUUCUAGGAGUUGGAAGUGGUUGGAAGGGCUUCCUGACUCCCGGGCUUCUCUUCUGCGUUCCCUGAUGCUGCUCAGCAUCUCCGCCUCAUAUCUGCGCGCCUGUGCCAGUGGUCUUUCUACUAGGCACCUGGUUAAAAGGACCUUUAUAAGCUAGGUGCUCUUUUUGCUUUGUGAAGCACAAACCCGUGUCUUAAGUUCUGUGCUUCACGAGAGAGGCAAGAAGCCGCAGCGCUAGCAAGUUGCGCCUGGGUGAGUUGGGGUGAACGCGCCUGAUCCUUACUCUGAAAACAGAAGCGCUUGAGGCAACGUCUCUAAGGCAAGAACGGCCAACUUGUCCUGGGCAUUUACAGAAGUUAGCAGUGCUCUGCUUGUUUGUAAGGGAGAACCCAAGCAGUAUAAUCUCAGGAAACUCCAAAGAUGGAUCGGCUCAAGCUCCUCUCCCCCUUCAAGUCCAAGCCCGCAAAACCCCCCGCCCCCAACCCCGCCGCCCGCUUUGGCACCAGCUCUUCCAGCCGCCCCGUCUCCUCGUCACAGCCCAGCAGACCCGCACCACCCCCAUUAGCCAUGGAAACCCCUGCGCCAGCGGCAUAUGCUUACACCCCUGAACUCCGCUCCCGCCGCGACGUUCUAUUCUCGCUCCUCCUGCGCUUUGCCCACUUCCUAAUCGCGCUGAUUGCCUUCUCAACAAUGGCAGCGAGCAAGCAGACGUUCACAUUCCAUACGGGGUUCACGGAGCUUUCGCCCACGAUCCAGUUUAGUGACUACGUGCCGUUCAGUUUUUUGGUGGGCACUAUGGUAGUGAUUGCGUGCUGGGCCCUGGUCUUGGUUGCGCUUGAUGCGGUGGAGCUGAUGACGGGCAGGGCGCUAGCCUUCCGGUGGAAGACGUGGGUCUGGCUCACGAUUGAUGCGAUCCUGACUCUCCUCUCCUUCGGCGCCGGUUGCGCCGCUCUUGGAGUCACCUCUAUCAAGGGCUUGGUCUGCGAUACUCAGUACAGCGCUAGUCAAAGUUUCUGUAUUCAUGCUAAGAUCGCGGGCUCUCUAGCUUUCAUAGAGUGGGCCGCCAUGCUGCCGUCUGUCACGGGUUCACUAAUGACUGUCUUGCGAGAAAGCCUGUAAACAAGCGGCCUCUCCUAGUCUUGAAAAAUCUUGACAAGAAUCUUGAUAACGAGCACAGCUGAGAUCUUUGCAUCUCUUUAAACAUCUCUUGGAAUGAGCUUGCCGAUCCAGGUUAUGGUGCACUCGG